CCUGCGCCCAGACCGGCCCAUCAAGUCAAUGUUGCGACUCGCAAGCCACGUGCCGGUCCAACGCGUGUGCCGCCACUUCCGGUCCAGAACAGACCCAGAGUUCACGCCACAUAACAGACCCAGCACGGCCCAUCAUGUUCCGGGCCGGAAACAGCAUGGCCCGAUUGACAAAUUGACAAACCUCUCCUCCUCCCCAAAACCCUACCCUUCCUCCCCAAAACCCUACCCUUCAUCUCCGUCCACAUGGCCUCAGAUCUCAUUCUCCACCCUCUAACCUUCACCAGCGCUCCCAUCUCCACCACCACCACCACCACCACCGAAGCCAUCGCACAAGCCGGCGCAACCCCUGGAAUCAACGGCGCCAGCCGGCGAAGGGCGGGGAGGAAACCAACAAAGGAUUGGCAUGCGAAGGUGAACGGCCGGAGCCGGAGAGUGCGGAUGCCAGCGCUGUGCGCUGCGAGGAUUUUUCAGCUCACCCGCGAGCUCGGCCACCGAACGGACGGCGAGACGAUCGAGUGGCUUCUCCGCCACGCCGAGCCUUCCAUAAUCGCCGCCACCGCUUCGCUUCACUUCCCGUCAACACCGCCAGCGGCGGCGGAGCCCGGUCUCUUCCCGCCGGCGAGUUCUCACGCGCCGUACUUUACUACGAUGCUCAUGAGGGCGGCCGUGGCGGGAGAAGACAAGGUUGGGAUGAUGAGCCCAUGAGAGACUGGUUUUAGGGUUUGCUCGUUUUCAGGGUUUUUUUUUUAAUUUGAAAUAGUAUUUAUAAUAGUAAAAGAAAAAUGGAAUUAUAAUAUUUAUGUAUAUAUAUUUGUAUUAAUUUGUUGUAAAACUUAUUAUCCGAGAGGAAUCAAAAGCAUGUGCAAACCGGGAAUAAAUAAAUAAAUAAUAUUUAAAAAUAAGAAAAAUUACUGUUUA